GUUCUUUACGGAGCACAUUUCCGGUAUUCAUGAAUGUCCUCGCGGAGAAGCGCGAUUCUGAACGGGGAUAAGUGUAGCGAUCUAGUACACAACUUUAAGCGCGAGUGAUACCUUAUUUCGUUGUUGUUUUCAGCAGUGUUUGUGUACUAUACUCAAAUGACUUUCUAAUCGGCGGUGAUAUACUUGAAUACCGUCUUGCGAAAUCCCUUUUUAUUUCAACCUACCGCUAAAAUAAACUAGCUAACGUUAGCUUGCUAGCUACUAUGUCGGGAGGCGUCGUGCGAGGCCCCGCAGGAAAUAACGAUUGUCGAAUUUAUGUCGGAAAUCUACCCCCUGAUAUUCGCACUAAAGAUGUCGAGGACGUGUUCUACAAAUACGGAGCUAUUCGAGACAUCGAUUUGAAAAAUCGGAGAGGGGGACCUCCCUUUGCCUUCAUCGAAUUUGAAGAUCCCAGGGACGCAGACGAUGCAGUGUACGGACGAGACGGCUAUGACUACGACGGUUAUCGGCUGCGAGUUGAAUUCCCUCGGAGCGGCAGGGGUGGGGGGAGAGGCGGCUUUGGUGGUGGUGGUGGGGGUGGUGGUGGUGGUGGGGGGGUUGGUGGCGCCCCUAGAGGCAGAUACGGGCCACCAUCCAGACGCUCCGAGUACAGGGUCAUUGUCUCAGGGCUUCCCCAGAGUGGCAGCUGGCAGGACCUCAAGGAUCAUAUGCGUGAGGCUGGGGAUGUAUGUUAUGCUGACGUUUUCAGAGAUGGAACUGGGGUUGUGGAGUUUGUGCGCAAAGAAGACAUGACCUACGCCGUUCGAAAGCUGGAUAACACCAAAUUCCGAUCACACGAGGGAGAGACCGCUUACGUUCGCGUGAAAGUAGAUGGUCCCCGCAGUCCGAGCUAUGGAAGAUCCCGUUCCAGGAGCCGCAGUCGAAGCAGGAGCCGCAGCGCAGCCAGUCGCAGCCGCAGCAACUCUCGUGGUGGUGGUGCCCGUGGUGGCAGAGGAUCUCCUCGCUACUCUCCUCGCCAUAGCCGCUCUCGCUCCCGUUCCUAAACUCUGUGUUGACCUUUUGGUGGAUCCCCUGUUAGCAGUUCCUCUUUCCACUUGUUUUUACCUCCUUUUGAGUUUUUCAGAAGUCAACUAUAGAUUUUAAUUUUUGCAUUCCAUCUCCUGAUGUCCUAGUGGAAGGUCUUGGUAUGUAGGUGUAUCCCCCUCCUGUCACCUUUCCUCCCUGACCCUCCCUACUUUAGUCCUUUUUGUUUUGAUCUCCUUUCUCAAUUCAUUUGAAUUUACCUAUUGUCUUUCCUCCAAAAAUGUUGCAACAUUUGAAACCCUAUUGCUCUGAACUUCAAAAAUGUUGAUCUUAACAAGUUCAAUGUUUUUGUAAGUGUUGGAAAAUGUAUGUACUUUUUCAUGGGAUGGCGGGAGUCUCAUUGCUAAACUGUAUUUUACCCUUGUGUCUUCCUUUAGACAUCUGAAGAUAAGGAUUAAAGAGUGAUUUGGAAUAAAAGUUGUGGAGCACAUUUCAUUUGUUUGAUCAGGAUCAGGAUAGGACAUCUUAGGAGGAGUCAGGUCGAGGCAAUGGUAUGCUUUAGUAUUGAUUAUUUGCAUCUAUUGAUAAAGUCGUUGCUACAGGAUGCAUGAUUGUCUCUUGAAUGUAGCACAAUUUUCUAUAUCCUUUAUAUAUACCUGUCAUCUAUUGUUUGGCAACCUUUUUAGCACUGAAACAGUGUAUCUCUUUGGUUUUGUGCCAGGACAAAGGUCCUUAGAUGUACCUUUUUAACUUUAAUGCUACAUAAGAACCAUUUAUCUAUUAUUCUUUUUAUAGAUGCUGUUUUAAUAUUAGACAGGGGCUCUGGGCUUGUUUCAGCUUAAACAUUGAAAUAUUAGACAUUUUCUUAAGUAUGAAUUUGAUGGUUUGGGUGCUCACUGACAUUUUCAAAUUGAUCUUUAGUAGUGACAUGUCAUGAGUGCACAAAAUAAGAAGUGGGCUGGGCCCAAAUCAGACAUGAUUCUAAUGGUUUCCCUCUGAUUUUUUUUUCCUGGUAUUUCAAGGUUUUGAUUGGAGGAGGGGCUCAGUGGAUCCCAAUCCUUGGAGCCGGAUCAGAGGAGCAUUUAGGGAAGGGAUAGGCAAGGAUGGAUGCUUGGAGCCGGAUCAGAGGAGCGUUUAGGGAAGGGAUAGGCAAGAAUGGAUGCUUGGAGCGGGAUCCAUUUUCCAGGAAUCAAAUCAAUUGAACUAAUUAAGGAAUCCUAGAUGCAACUUUUUGAAUGGCCCAGUUUAUUUCAAUUUUUGAGCGGUAAAUAUGCGCAGAGUCAAAGGAUAUGGAUAAGGAUUAUUUACGUUUUUGGAGUAAGAAAAGGAAACUGAGGACCAGGAAGUUGGAUCAAAGAAUGGAAGGAGACGUAGGAGUCUGGUAAAUAAGGGAUUAAAAUUUGUGAUGGUUGGGGAUUAUAUUUAGUAUAGUUAGUCUGUCUUUCUUAAAUUUAAUUUACUCUUUUAGUUUAGCAUUUUCAAUAAAAUCCUGAAAAGAC